AAUCAUGGUUCUAAUUUGUGCUCUCUUUGACCGGCAAAGUAUUGGGUUCGUUUCUCUUCUGCUUACUUCCAUUUUGUAAAAUCUCUCCGCCAGUUGGAUCUCGCGCACGUGGCUACACCACGCAAGUUGGAUGCGGGUUGGUGCGAUUUAGUCGAGGUGUCUUAACCUUCGUAUGCGGAAACGUAUGAAUUUUAUUUUACAAUCACUUCGAAGGCGAUAGCGAAAUUAAAAAUGGAAUAUCAAAUCGUUUACGUAAAGUCCGAACUUGCGUUUGAGGCUCUAGCAGUUGCAAAUUUAAUUAACUCUGAUGAGGGAAAAAUAAAAAUUAAAUGUACUCAGCAAAAUUUGAAAGGAGCAGACAAUGUCAUCUUGUAUAAAGAUUCAGAAGUAGUGGCGAAACGAGUUAGCGAUAUUACUCGAUAUUUUGCGAGAACAAUGAAACAAAAGAACUUUUAUGGCGAUGCAUCCUGUCCUCGAACGAAAACCGAGGUUGAUCAGUGGUUGUCAUUUGCCAUAAUGCUAGACAAUUAUUCAUUUGCAUCUGUAAACAAAGAUACUUUGGCUUUCAUGAACGAUAAGAUAUUACGUACACAAACAUAUUUGGUCAACAAAAGUUUGACAUUGGCUGACAUUCAUAUGUUUGGUGCUUUGCUAAGAACAAGAUACUUGAACGCUGAAGAUCGGAAAACUUAUGCUAAUGUUACCAGAUGGUACAAAUACAUGGAACAUGUUUUCAACGAUGUAAUACAGAUAUGUAACGAAGAUGCGAAAAAGAAAUCUGUUCAAACUAAAGAAGAUUCAGUGGAAAAACAAGCAAAUUUGCGGUCGAAACAACAAUCAAAAUCUGAGAAUUCUGAUAUUGAUAAAAACUUGCGGAAACAGGAGGGUAAAUUUAUUGAAUUACCUGAAGCAGAGAUGGGCAAAGUGGUCGUGAGAUUCCCACCGGAAGCAAGUGGCUAUCUGCACAUUGGUCAUGCAAAAGCAGCUCUCUUGAAUCAAUAUUACGCCGAGAUCUAUCAAGGACAGCUCAUUAUGAGAUUUGAUGACACCAAUCCGGCGAAAGAGGACGCACAUUUUGAAGACGCUAUACUGGAAGAUAUAAAACUACUGGAAAUUACACCCGAUAAGUUUACAUUUACCUCGAAUUAUUUCGACGUGUUAAAGGACUUUUGUACCACUUUACUAACAAAAGGAUUGGCGUAUGUUGAUGACACUCCGGCAGAUAUAAUGAAGGAACAGCGUGAUCAAAAGUUAAAAUCUAAAAACAGAGAUAAUUCUGUUAAACAAAAUCUUGCUUUGUGGGAAGAAAUGCAACGUGGCACUGAGAAAGGUCAACAGUGUUGUGUCAGAGCGAAGAUUGAUUACGAAUCAACCAAUGGAUGUAUGCGCGAUCCAACGAUUUAUCGUUGCAAGUCCGAGCCCCAUCCGCGAACUGGAAGCAAAUUCAAGGUGUAUCCUACUUACGAUUUUGCCUGUCCGCUUGUUGAUUCCAUUGAAGGCGUUACCCACGCUCUACGCACAACAGAAUAUCACGACAGAGAUGUUCAGUAUUAUUGGAUACUCGAUGCUCUGCAAUUGCGUCGUCCCUAUGUAUGGGAAUAUUCGCGUUUGAAUAUGGCCAACACAGUAUUAUCGAAGAGAAAAUUAACGUGGUUCGUAAACGAACGUCUAGUCGAUGGGUGGGACGAUCCGCGUCUUCCAACAGUGAGAGGUAUUCUGAGACGAGGAUUAACAGUACAGGCUUUGAAGCAAUUCAUUACCGCACAGGGAAGUUCCAGAACCGUCGUCGCUAUGGAAUGGGAUAAGAUAUGGGCUUUCAACAAGAAAGUUAUUGAUCCAAUUGCAACUAGAUACACUGCAUUAGAAAGUGAUACGUUGGUAGACGUUGUCAUAAAAAACCCUUCGCCUGAACAAUGGAUAGACGUACAGAAACAUCCAAAAGAUCCGUCCAGAGGCACUAAAAAAUUGCGAGUGGGCUCCGAUACUCUGUUGAUAGAAAGAGCUGAUGCCGAAUCUUUUGUCGUUGGACAGAAUGCGACUUUUAUCAAUUGGGGUAACUUAAAAAUAACCGCGGUAGAUCUGCAAAACAACAAAGUAGAGGCAGAGCUAAAUCUGGAAGACAAAAAUUACAAGAACACUGUAAAGGUCACAUGGUUAACCAAGCCGAAAGACACGUGCAAAGACAAAGAAGUUCUAAGCACGAACCCGAUAAAAUGCUAUGCUGUUUAUUUCGAUCACAUUAUAAAUACGGCAAAUAUGGGCAAAGACGCCGAUUUCAAGGAUUUCGUUAACUGGAACACGAGAAAAGAAGUUCCGUUGCUGGGCGAGGUGGCGUUGAAAGACGUGAAGAAGGGAGAAAUAAUUCAGCUUCAGAGGAAGGGAUUUUUUAUUUGUGACGUUUCAUAUGAAGACGUCAGUCCUUAUUCGUCAUGCGUGCGACCUGUUAUAUUGUUCCAUGUACCCGAUGGACAUGCUACAACUGUUGCAUCGAAUAAUCAGGAAGACCAGAAGAUUAAUACAGCUGAUACAAAAGUGAAUGCAAAUAAAGCGGAGGAAAUUUCGAAGGAAAUUAAGAAGCAAGGUGAUAAAGUGCGAGAUCUAAAAAGUGUGAAGGCAGACAAAGCUCAAAUUGAUGAACAAGUGAAAAUUCUUCUAGAGUUGAAGAAAAAUUACAAAACUGUGACUGGACAAGAGUGGAAGCCACAAGCUGCGGUCAACACAAGCGAAGCGGUUAACAAAAAUACUUCCAAAGCAGAAGAAAUUUCGAAAGAGAUUAAGAAUCAAGGCGAUAAAGUGCGAAAUCUAAAGAGUUCGAAGGCAGAGAAGAGCAUUAUUGAUAAAGAGGUGCAAGUUCUUUUACAAUUAAAGAAAGAUUACAAAAAUGUAAGUGGACAGGAGUGGAGUCCUCAAACUGCAGUCAAUACAAAUGGAACAAGUGACAAAANCACUUCCAAAGCNGAGGAGAUUUCGAAAGAAAUUAAGAAUCAAGGCGAUAAAGUGCGAAANNUNAAGAGUUCGAAGGCAGANAANAGNAUUAUUGAUAAAGAGGUGCAAGUUCUUUUACAAUUNAAGAAAGAUUACAAAANUGUNAGUGGACAGGAGUGGAGUCCUCAAACUGCAGUCAAUACAAAUGGAACAAGUGACAAAAACACUUCCAAAGCGGAGGAGAUUUCGAAAGAAAUUAAGAAUCAAGGCGAUAAAGUGCGAAACUUGAAGAGUUCAAAGGCAGAGAAGAGCAUUAUUGAUAAAGAAGUGCAAGUUCUUUUACAAUUGAAAAAAGAUUACAAAACCGUGAGUGGACAAGAAUGGACUCCUCAAACUGCAGUCAAUGCAAAUGGAACAAAUGACAAAAACACUUCCAAAGCGGAGGAGAUUUCGAAAGAAAUUAAGAAUCAAGGCGAUAAAGUGCGAAACUUGAAGAGUUCAAAGGCAGACAAAAGUAUUAUUGAUAAAGAGGUGCAAGUUCUUUUACAAUUGAAGAAAGAUUACAAAACUGUGAGUGGACAGGAGUGGAGUCCUCAAACUGCAGUCAAUGCAAAUGAAACAAGUGACAAAAACACUUCCAAAGCGGAAGAGAUUUCGAAAGAAAUUAAGAAUCAAGGCGAUAAAGUGCGAAACUUGAAGAGCUCGAAGGCAGACAAAAGUAUUAUCGACGCGGAAGUAAACAUUCUCUUGGAGUUGAAAAAGAAUUACAAAACUUUGACUGGGCAAGAGUGGAAACCUCAAGCUGCAGUUACAAAUGAGACGAGCGGCAAGAAAGCCGCGAAUUCCUGCACCUCGCGUCCAAAGAGCGAAUGUAAAAACUCAACGGAUACAAAUAAACAAACAACAGAUACAAGUAAAAAUGCAACGGAUGCAAAUAAGACAGGCACCCGAUUGGGAUUGGAGGCAAAAAAAGAGGAGAAUUUUUUUGAAUGGUACUCCCAAGUUAUUACAAAAAGCGGAAUGAUUGAAUAUUACGAUGUGUCAGGUUGUUACGUUCUUCGUCCGUGGACAUGCAGUAUAUGGAAAAUAAUUAAAGAUUACAUCAACGAAACAAUAACGGCACUUGGUGUUGAAGAAUGUUAUUUUCCGAUGUUCGUCACUCGUGCCGCGUUAGAGAAAGAGAAGGAGCACAUAUCAGACUUCGCGCCGGAAGUCGCGUGGGUGACGAGAUGCGGCGAUUCGGAUCUAGCGGAGCCUAUAGCUAUACGACCCACUUCGGAAACUGUUAUGUAUCCAGCGUACGCUAAAUGGUUAAGAUCGGACACUGAGUUGCCGCUGAAGCUCAAUCAGUGGAAUAACGUUGUGAGAUGGGAGUUUAAAGACCCGAAGCCUUUCUUACGUACCAGAGAAUUUUUGUGGCAAGAGGGCCAUACCGCGUUUGCUACCAAGAAGGAAGCGGAGGAGGAGGUAUUGAUCAUAUUAGAUAUGUACGCCAAAGUCUAUGAGGAUUUGCUGGCGGUGCCUGUGAUUAAAGGCCGUAAAACUACAAAAGAGAAAUUCGCGGGUGGCGAUUACACUACUACCGUCGAGGCGUAUAUUUCGACCAGCGGUCGCGCCAUACAGGGCGCAACGAGUCAUCAUUUGGGACAAAAGUUUUCCAAGAUGUGUAACAUUCAGGUGGAAGGUGCUGUUGAGGGAGAAAAGACGUUUGUCUAUCAAAAUUCGUGGGGCUUAACUACGCGAACAAUCGGAGUCAUGAUAAUGGUACAUGGAGACGACAAAGGUUUGGUGCUGCCACCAAGAGUAGCUGGUGUACAAGCCGUUGUCGUUCCCUGUGGUAUCACCGCAAGCAUGUCGGAAGAUAAAAAAGCCGCGCUUCUAAAAGAGUGUGAUACUCUGUUUAACGAAUUGAAAAGUAAGUUUAGAAUAAAGGCUGAUUUUAGGAACAAUCGCACGCCUGGAUGGAAGUUCAAUCACUGGGAACUAAAAGGCGUGCCAGUGAGAAUCGAAUUAGGUCCCAAGGAUCUAGAAAGAAAUGAAGUAACGUUCGUACGCAGAUACGACUCGGGAAGAAUAGUUGUUAAACGUAACGAAGUGAUUGAGAAAUUAGAUAAAUUAUUGAACGAGAUACAAUCUUAUCUGUUCAAUCGAGCAAAAGAUGAUCUCAACAGUCAUGUCACGCAAGUAGAUGAGUGGUCUAAUUUCUGCUCCGAACUCGAAAAGAAAAAUUUAUUGCUCUCACCUUUCUGCGGAGAACCAACAUGCGAGGAUAACAUUAAAGCUGAUAGCGCAAGAGAUGUCAGCGACGAGCCUGGAGCGUUAUCAAUGGGUGCCAAGAGUCUUUGUAUACCGUUUGAUCAGCCAAAACCCCAAAAAGAAAUUGAGAAACUAGGUUGUGUUCAUCAUAAUUGCAAAAACAAAGCGAAAUCUUACACGCUUUUCGGACGCUGUUACUGAUUGCAAUUAAUUGAAAAACGAAUUUUUUUCGUGUAUAAUUUAUGUUAUUUCUAAGCAGAUUGAAAUGUAAACAAAAUGUCUAACCACACAGUUGAAUCACAGUUUUAACUCGAUCUUCUCCAUUUAAUUUAUUUCAUAA